AAGCUGCAUGCUGUCCUUGGUCCUGAAGCCCAAAACUGUUAAAAAUUUAAGGGCUAGUUAAAAGAAACUCCUUUAUUUAAAAAGAAACUCAAGUAUUGAUACUCAAGGGGUGUCUUGCAAAGAGCUACUGACUCUCCUUCUUGAAGUUUCCUGGCUUCUCAUAUUAGUGUGUUUUGGGCCCACCCACUACACAUGAACACAAUACAUUUACAGUCACAGACGGGAACAGACAAGCACAUCAACCUGCUUCCUGACUGAAGAAGACGGACACUACUGAUGAUCUGUCCGGUCAAACCUAUUCAAAGACUUAUGAUUCCAUGGACGAAGGACAUCAGAAUACGUAUAUAAGGCUUUGAUGUGCAUAUCCAAAUCAACACUUUGAAAAUGGAGAAUUUGAACUUAACGCAAGACUCCAGCCAUGCAAACAAGACAGUUUUUUUCCUAAACAGCCGGUUCACACCUGUCGAGUUUGUUUUGAUCGUUCUCGGACUGAGUAUUUUAAGCCUGAUCACAAUUAUUGGCAACGUUCUGGUCAUGCUCUCCAUCAAGGUUAACAGGAACCUACAGACAGUCAACAACUACUUUUUGUUUAGUCUAGCGUGUGCAGAUUUAUUUAUUGGCGUUUUCUCCAUGAACCUUUACACGGUCUACAUUGUGAUCGGCUACUGGCCUUUGGGCCCGCUGGUUUGUGACCUGUGGUUGGCUUUGGACUACGUGGCGAGCAACGCCUCCGUUAUGAACCUCCUCAUAAUCAGUUUUGACCGAUAUUUCUGCGUCACCAAACCUCUCAGCUACCCGGUCAGAAGGACACACAAGAUGGCCGGCAUGAUGAUUGCGGCUGCCUGGAUCCUGUCUUUCGUUCUAUGGGCCCCGGCUAUCCUGUUUUGGCAGUUCAUCACUGGAGGUCGAACUGUGCCUGAAAAUGAAUGCCACAUCCAGUUCUUCUCCAAUCCAGCGGUCACAUUUGGAACGGCAAUCGCUGCUUUUUACUUGCCGGUCAUCACUAUGACAAUACUGUACUGGCAGAUCUCGAAAGCCAGCCGCAGUCGUGUCAGAAACAGGGCGAGUCGGAGUACGGAUGGAGGUCAGGCUGUGCCCAUGACUGAAGGAAAUGUGGAGAGGAAGUCAAUCCAUGGAGUGGAGGAAACAGUUCCCCGGAAGCGGAGCGGCUCAGAUGCCACUACAGGAGAAGAGAGAGAGAGUGAGAACGACUCUUUAUCUGGCAGCAUUCUUGCCUCAUCUAACCAGAAGGAGGAAGAGGUCACGUCCAUAAACACUAACGGAAACAUCAAAAGCGAACAGACCCCAUCCGCUCUUCUAGUCUCUAAAAGACCCUGGGUCGAACUGACUUGCUUCAAAACACCAUCCAAAGAGAACCUGCAAAACACCUCUGAAGCCAACACUGGUAAGGAAAGGUUGAGUCUGGCGUCACAGAAAGACCUUAUUUCACGUUAUCAGAAGAGGAGGAAAAACAUGUCUUCUCGAGAAAGGAAAGUUACACGGACCAUCAUGGCCAUCCUGGUAGCGUUCGCAGCCACGUGGACACCUUACAACGUCAUGGUCCUCAUCAACACCUUUUGCUCGACCUGUAUACCGAACACAAUGUGGAUCAUGGGCUACUGGCUCUGCUACAUAAACAGCACUGUUAACCCUGCCUGCUAUGCCCUGUGCAAUGUCACAUUCAAGAACACCUUCAAACAGCUUCUGACAUGCAAGUACAGGAAUAUUUAUUCAUCUAGAAAACACUGAGACGUAUGGAUUUUUUUUGCUGAGAAUAACCAGAAGUCUGGUGGCUUGGAUGUAAUCCUGGGUUUUACGAUACUGAAACGAGAGCAGUCUAAACUGUUGAAACAUUCCAGUGCUGCUGCUCCAGCAGCCAAAUUAAGGGAACUACUAAAAAGUAGCUGCGGGUAGUCUUAUUCAUGUUUUAUUGCUUGUGUGUUAAAAACUCAGUUUAAAGUUUUUUUAUGCUGUGAAAUGUUGACGUUUAUCAUCGGUGUCCUUCUGAGUCUGUUGCCAAAAACUAUUUUAAAUGAUUAACAAAUGCUUUUUAUAUAAAGGGACUUCCAGUAGUACAUAUUCUCUAUAUUUAUACAACAUACUAUGGAAAAACAGUGGUCUCAAUCAAUUUUUUUUAGGUUUAAACAAGGGGUGCAUGAUUUUUGAAAAACGAAGUCGGGCCGAGUACCAAAACACACUUGUAGCCAAUCAGCAGUAAAGGGGGUGUCUACUAACCGACAUUGUUGCCUGGGUUGCGUAUGUGUGGGGCAGGUCUAUCAAAACAAGGUCCAGAUACUGUUGGGGUAGGGGUCUGUUUGUUUAGGUAAUUUCAAAUAUCAACAUUGGCUUUCAGAGAUCAUGCACCCCGCCUUUAAUUUAGAGUUAGGUCCAUCAACACCAACAUGUGACUUUUGCUUGUUUUUUAAUAAGUCAAAAUGACUUUAUCAUCACAUACUGGUGCUGGUGAUACAGCUCAGUCCCACUGAACCCGAAAAAUUCCUGUAAGUGAUCCAUAAAUCAUAUUUUAACCCUUCAUACACUGUUACAAAAAUGUUACUGGGUCAGUACCCUUUAAAAAUACGUAUACAUUUAGUACACUUAUGAACCUUAGAGGUACCAAUAUGUACAUCUGAGGUACUAAUAUGACCUCUUUAGGUGCAGAGCUGUACUUUUUGAAAGGGUACCAUCCCAGUGACAGCUAGGGACCAUUUAUUCUAACAGUGUAAUUAUGUUAAGGCUUGUGAAAGUCCACUAAUUUGUAAAUAUAUUGUCAUUAUUAUUAACCAGUGCAGUUAUGCUAUAUAAGCACGGUGUGUUUUAUUAUUAAUAUUAGGGCUGUCAAAAGAUUAAUCUUGAUUAAUCGCAUACAAAAUAAAAGUUUUAGCAUAAUGUGUGUGCACACAGUGUAAUUUUUGUAUAUACACAAAUACACACACAUGCAUGCAUUUAAUAAAUAAAUAAAUACAUACAUACAAUAAACACAAAUAUUUUACACAAUCUUUUAUUUUGUAUGUGAUUAAUCUUUUGACAGCCCUAAUUAAUAUCAAU